AGGACAGUUGGGAGCUGCACCAGCUUUUUUAUGGCUCUAUUGACUUUUCCAGCCCCUGUGCUGGCUGCCUGCCUCUCCUCGCUGCUCUUUGAACCCAUACAGAGUAAAUACAGCGAAAAAGAAAUGCUUGGAAAGCAGCAAGCCCAGCCUUGGAAUGAGAUCUACACAACGCAUCUCUAACCAGGAUUAAGAAACUCAACUCACGCACCGGGAUUCCCGCAGCGGGGCAGGAUCCUAGGGGACAACACUGAGAACCCAGCGGGAUGCCAACGCUUCAGCCUCCUCUCUCCGCGGAUCCCGUUUAACCCCGGCUCCAUCCCACUCGGGAAAAGCACCUUGAGAGCCGCCGUGCCCUCCCCCUGGACGGCAUCGAGGGCUCCGAGCAGCCCAGACCCGGUCCGAGGGCUGCGCGCUCCAUGUGCCCGCAGGCGGGAGCGGCACCGAGGUACCCGCGCCGGUUGUGAUUUAUGUCUGUGGAUGAAUGCUGUAAACAUGAGCCACGGAGAUUUAAGAGCAAAGCCCCUCGCACGGCUGAGGGAGUGAUUUGGUUUUACUUUUAGGCAAAAUGCGGCUCGCUGGCAGGAUUUUACAAGCGGGAAUAUUCUUCUUUCCCUAUGCCAAACAGUGACUGUGUGUGCUCUCGUUCUUUACUUCGACCGUGGGGGAAAUUUAAGCAAGAACAUGUAUAGUGAAUUGCUAAACUCAACCAGUGCCACCGAAGCUCACCUCAUCCUUCAGACCAACACUCCCUACCUGGGCAGCACGCAGCGACCCGUCAGCUCCUCCGCCUUCUACAUGUCGACAGCCAGGGUGCUAAAAGAAGGCGAGAUCAACAAGCCCGACCUGGUGACUUACAUCAUCCUCUUUUUCUUUCUGCUCUUGACCGUGACACUCAUCGUGCUCUUCAUUAACUGCCAGCUGAAAAAUUCUUUUUUUGCUACUCUUCCUUACGACAGAUCCCUCCGGGAAGCGAGGAGCCCGUGGAGGACACAGGCUGUGUGACACGAGGGGGGGAAAACAGCGUCUUCCAGCAGCAGCAGCGCUGUGCCACGCAGCCUUGUCGUCCGCAUGGCAGCGGGUGGGUUCGACCCUCCUUAAAAUAAUAGGCUGCGCCGCGGGGAAAGGCUGCUGAAAGAGACGCCGUACGCAGAUGGGAAUAGCUGUAAAUAAAAGGCUGUGCGAGGAACUGAAGAGAUCACGCUUUGGCAAAUUGAUCAGCGCAAAAAGGAAAUUGCCCCCCGAUUCCAGAUUAAGAGCUAUAUGUAUGCAAAUGUCAUCACCGACCCAUUCAGUGCCCAUAGAAGGACGUUUGCAUCCACAACAAUCUCUGAUUUGUGCAUCUGGUGCAGCUUGUUACCCAUGUUUAUGAAAUCACAGCACUGAAUGUAAAACACGGCGUAUUUACCUAAUGGCUCCACUCUGAGGACCAGAGUUUACUUUCCUGUUUCUCUCCACUGCUGCUGAAACGCUCGGUAAAGCAAUGGGAGCGAUGCCUGGCAGGAGAAAACCAGAAAUGGUGGUUUAGGAUUUGACUGGGAUGAUGCUGGGGGUGGGGGUGGUGUUUUAUGGCAUCUUCAGUCAGGUUUCAAAUCACUGCCAGCUAUGGGAACCACUGAAUACUUAAGUAACUCGUUUUCAACUUUCUUAAGUUGUAAAGGAAAUUGCUCGCCACAGCGUGAAACCAAAAUAAUCAGGAUGGAGAGAAGGAAGGAGAGAAAAUAAACACCAUCAAUCGUAUGUAAACUAAUGAAAGGGGAGGGCAGAGAGCUCCGAGCUCUGUACAAGAAGCAGAUAACUUUGGAGAGCCGCUGUGUUACAGGAGGAGCUCUCGCUGUAAGGCUAUAGCAGUUAGGAGCGUGCUCCAUCGAAAGGGCAGCAGCAUGAUUGACUGACGGCUCAUUAAUGGUAACAUACACCGGUUUAGCUUCAUUAGCAAUCUGGGUUUGUUCGAGAAGCUGUGCUCCUGCUUCAACUUCGCUGACGUGCUAUUUAAAUAGAUGACAGUUUUUAGGAAAUUCGCAAUUAGAGUGUCAUAAUUAUAGACCAUACAGCACAAACCCCAGCACAGUAUUCAUGAUCCCACUGUGGGCAAAGGGCUCUUUCCUUGUUGUUUUCUCAGCUACAGUGUCUCUACACACAGCUGAAUCGCAGACAGCCAGAAACACACCCUUAAAUCCAACUUCUGCUCCCACUUCGCAGGUGGAUCUUCCAUCAAAGGAGAGGGGUUCAUGCAGUGCCAGAUCUGCACCUCUCAAUGCAUCCUUAUCACACUCAAUACAGCCAAAGAGCUGUGUGUAUAUAUGUACCUAAAGUAUUUCAUCCAAAUGAGAGGAUUUUACAAUGCAAUGACACACAAGCACGUGGGACAGGGACACAAACAUACCUGGGGCCUGACUGCGAGCUUUUAUUACCUAGAAAUUGCACAGUUGAUAUACUUCCAAGUCACUGUCUUGGUUAUCAUCUUUUGUUAUGCUCAAAAAAAGUUAAGUCUACCACAGAGCAGCCUGAGAUACUUUAUUCCUUGACAGGUGGCCAAUUUUUAUCUCAUCUGAACCAAAUUUCACUGGUGUAACUCCAAAUCAUUAUUCUAAUGCAGAAAUAAAGAAUAAAUUCAAGUGUGUUUAUCUCAGCCCAUUUUGAAUAAAUUCAGUUUUUAUCAAAUCA